CUACUCACCGCCACCUCCAUCCCCUGACAUGCAGCAGGUAGUAGAAGUGGUGGCGCGGAAUAGUUUGUGCUGAGACCGCUGUCACAUUUAAGAUGCAUUUGAUUCAUCGCGGCAUAGCUGCCAAAAAGGCAAAGACCUGGGCAAGUGGAUGGUGCUGAUACGAGAGCAAGUGUCCUUCAGUGCCGGCUGGCAGGCGGGACGGGGGACACUCUAUAAUCACGAGUGUGUGUGUGCGUGUGUGUCUUUUCACGGCUGCGAUCUCUCGCCAGGACAAGGCAAUUGGCGACGGGAACUGGGAGAAACAUAAAGAAUGGCAUGCAAAGAUGGUUUCUGCCAAGCAGACUGUGAUCAAGAUGUUCUCUAGAUACUCCACUCUGUUGUACUUUAUCUGUGUGACAACGUGGAUAGGACAGACCGCUGGAGAGAUCAAAAAGGAUGAGAAAUUGUAUCCAGAAAAUUUUACUCGGAUCCUGGACAGUCUCUUGGAUGGUUAUGACAACAGACUGCGCCCUGGAUUUGGUGGAGCUGUUACAGAAGUCAAAACAGAUAUCUACGUUACAAGCUUUGGGCCCGUGUCUGAUGUUGAGAUGGAGUAUACAAUGGAUGUAUUUUUCCGCCAAACGUGGGUCGACAACAGGCUGAAGUAUGACGGCCCCACUAAAAUACUUCGUCUCAAUAACUUGAUGGUCACCAAAGUCUGGACGCCAGAUACCUUCUUUCGGAACGGGAAGAAAUCAAUUUCCCACAACAUGACAGCUCCAAACAAACUGUUCCGUAUCAUGCAGAAUGGCACGAUUCUAUACACUAUGAGGCUCACUAUAAAUGCAGAGUGCCCUAUGAAGCUGGUUGAUUUCCCCAUGGAUGGUCAUGCUUGUCCGCUUAAAUUUGGAAGCUAUGCUUAUCCUAGGAGUGAGAUGAUAUACACUUGGACAAAAGGACCUGACGAAUCGGUGGAGGUACCUAAAGAGUCAUCUAGCCUGGUUCAAUAUGAUCUUGUGGGGCAAACAGUUUCUAGUGGAAUUAUCAAAUCCAUUACAGGAGAAUACGUGGUGAUGGCAGUCUACUUUCACUUGAGAAGAAAAAUGGGUUAUUUUAUGAUCCAGACAUACAUACCCUGCAUUAUGACGGUCAUUCUCUCUCAAGUGUCUUUUUGGAUUAAUAAGGAAUCAGUUCCAGCACGAACAGUGUUUGGUAUAACAACAGUUCUAACCAUGACAACACUGAGCAUCAGUGCCCGACACUCCUUGCCAAAGGUUUCAUAUGCCACAGCCAUGGACUGGUUCAUUGCAGUUUGCUUUGCCUUUGUGUUCUCUGCUCUGAUUGAAUUUGCAGCCGUCAACUACUUCACCAACAUACAAGCUGAGAAAGCCCAAAAAAGGGCAGGCAAGCAUUCAGGCCUAUCUCCACCUUCCCUGAUAAAAACAGUCUCUGUCUCAGAGAAUGCUCUUCAGCAACCCGAUUCAAAUGGCAAUUUAAGGAAAAGAAUGAACUUCUUGGCUCAAUCAGACAUUCUGAGCAGUAAGCGAGAUUACCUGGGGAAUGAUAGCAUGAACGUGAAACUGAAACCUACUAUAAUUGGACAGGUACCGCUGUCAUGUAUUCCACCUUCCUCUUCUAUGCCAAGUCCCAGUAUAUUUAGAGCCACCCAUACAUCCCCUACUCUACUUUCAAUGAGAAGCACUCCACCACCACCUCCUUGUACCCCUACAAUCGUUUCAAUGAGACCAACUCCUGUUCAUCGCCAAUGUGGAGCAACACUUGAACAGAGCCUGCCUGCGUCAAGAGUAUUUGGAUCAGUCCCAAAGCAUUCGCCACCCACCACCACCAUCCCCACCACUGUGGCUGCCCCAGCCCCUCCUCCAGCUGCAAGUGCUGGAACCAGCAAAAUUGACAAGUAUGCUCGUAUACUUUUUCCAGUAACAUUUGGUGCAUUUAACAUGGUUUAUUGGGUGGUCUACCUCUCAAAAGACACCAUGGAGAAAGCAGAAAAUGACUUGUAAUUUUACAGCUACAUAACAAAAUGUUGGAAAAGUUCAUUAUCCAUAAAAUAAUGCAGGGGUUUCAUUUAAGGCUCAUUAGUCUGAUGUAUGAACAAAAAAGUUCUCAGUACUGCUUGGUUUUAAAUGAACAGUGUUCUGUCUCUCUCUCUCUCUCUCUCUCUCUCUCUCUCUCUCUCUCUCUCUCCCUCUCCCUCUC